GGCAUUUACAAUCAUCUCUACUACUAGUAGUACAUAUUAUUAUCUCCAUCUCCAUCUCCAUCCUAGAACUCUACCACAUUUUCCUACAAACGCUACCUCUCCCUUCCACCAUUCGUUCUCCCAUCUUGAUUUUGUUUCCAUGUCGGAAUGAUGGGCACCUGAAUUGACCCCCCCCCCACAAACUACUUUCAUCAUAACUCUUACAAUUUAUUGCUUCUUCUACUUACAUAGGUACUCAUUGCUGCCCACUUGGUCCCAUCAUGCGACUUCUCUGGUACGCAGGGACCUCAACGGCCCUGGCCGCUGGCGUGAUAGCUUAUGCCUUCAACCAACGCGCCAAUUUCUACUCUGCUAUGGUCUUCCUGUCGCAAAAUAAUCUAAGUCUCAUGAUCCUCAUAAACCUCGUUCUUUUGGUCUACGGCUCCUUUGUCUGGGGCCUUCAGCGAUUAUGUUAUGGCCCCCUCCGACCUGUCGAGAUCGAGCAGCUCUACGAGAAAGCCUGGUUCGCCGUGACGGAGACUUGCCUUGCCAUGACCAUCUUCCGCGAAGAGGUCGGUGCUUGGUUCCUUGUUAUGUUCACUGCCUUGGUCACUGGCAAGGUCUGGGAAUGGAUAGGCGAAGGUCGUGUCGAGGUUCUGGAGCAACAGCCCCCCCUUAACCCCCGACUCUUUCACACCAGACUUAGCGUAUCCCUCCUCCUUAGUGUCCUCUACGAUGCCUGGCUAUUCAACUACACUAUCAAUGCAGUCAUUCAACAGGCCCGCCCCAAUAUGAUGGUCAUGUUCUUGUUCGAGUUCGCCAUCUUGACCACCUGCUCAUUCCGCACUGGUUUCCGAUACGUCUUGUCAUUGGUGGAGGCAGACAUAGUGAGAAAACAAACCAGCCAGAGGUUAAACGAUCGACGGCAACAGAUCCGGGAGCAACGUGCCGAAAUCAUGCGACGCCGCGAAUCCGGAGAUGCCGCAGAGGCAGAAGCUGCUCAACAGGAGGAGCUACCAGACGAGGAUGAUAUUGACGAGACAGAUAUCGAAGUACCGGGCUGGGAGUCAAAGGGGCAUUGGGUUCUAAGUCUCGAUCUCUUAACUGACUUCGUGAAGCUUGGCAUCUAUUCAGCUUUCUUCGGUAUCUUGAUCAUGUUCUACGGCUUGCCCAUUCACAUCAUGCGUGACCUUUUCGUAACAAUUCGUUCCUUUAUCUCGCGACUUGGCGCAUUCAUGAAAUACCGCAAGGCUUUGCAGCAUAUGGACAGGUACCCGGAUGCUACACAGGAGGAGCUGUUGCGCGAGGACACCUGUAUCAUCUGCAGAGAAGAUAUGAGGCCAUGGGAUCCAUCCGCUAUCGGCGCAGUAGAGCGAUCGCGCCCCAAAAAGCUUCCCUGCGGACAUAUAUUACACUUUGGUUGUCUCAAAAGUUGGUUGGAGAGACAACAAGUCUGCCCAACCUGCCGAAGUCCGGUUACCGAUGACAGUGCUGCUGCUAAUGGUGGUGCUGCCGCUCCAGGGGCUAACUUUGGUGGGCAGCCCAAUGCUCCUGGCCAACCAGCUGCGGGAAAUAGAGCUGCGAAUGCUGGACAACCAGCACCAGCUCGUGGUGUUGAUAAUAUGAGAGUCUUUCAACUGGGCCCUAUUCGUUUGGGAUUUGCCCAAGGUAACGCUCAAAAUAUCCAUGAGAUGGCUCAACGGCUGCGUCUCCCCCUUGCCGAUGCCAAUAUCCCUGCUGCACCAGCACCACCGACCCUUGCGCCUCCGGCCGGUCCCACCCCCCCUAUCAAUGGCGUGAACAACAUCAUGGACAUGCAGGCGCAACUUCAGGGCAUCUCUCAACGGAUUCAACAAGAAAUACAAUCUCUACAGACAAGCCAAGCUGAACUACACACUCUAUAUGCUCUUACAGCUGAACUUAACCGUCUCCAUCAGUUACAGCAAGAACCUACGGUCGCGCCAAUAGUGCAACCUGGGCAACCUGGUAUCAAUGUUCAGUUUACUUCUUACCCGUCGGGUAUACCACAACAGCCUCUACCCCCUUUUCAACAUAUGGCACAGAUGUCACCCUUUCCCAGUUUUCCGCCUCGUUCAUCAACGCCAACCGUCACUAGACAUGGAGGUUCAUCUUACUCUGCAGCUAUUCCUGCAGGAAGUCCAGACCUCCCUGAAGGCGUCGUCAUCCCUCCUGGGUGGUCGUUGUUACCCCUCCAACGUCUUGACGGCCAGCCAUCACAAACUUCUAUCAGCGCUCAACAACCAACUCAGCACGUUGACGCCAAUGGCCAACCACCGCAGCCAGCGGAUACGACAAAUGAAAACAUUGCGGCUACCAGUACCGCCGAGAUACCUCAGGGGUCGAAUCCUAGAGUGGGAGACUUAAAUACUAGGAGUUUCGGGGUGCCUAGUGGGUAUCCGGAAGAAGGUUCUACCCAGAGCACAUCGCAGCUACAGAGGGAACCCACCGUGGUAGCCGCCCCUACCCCGAUGAUGCCCAACUGGGGUGGUGCUUCACAGCUAUUUUCUGGCGGUGGUGGAGUUGGCGGUUCGGCCUCCACGAAUGAAUCCGAAACGAGGGCUGAGGAGCCGUCGACGACACCUGAAGCUUCUCAGAGCCACAGUUCCAACGAAGAACUAGAGACAUCAACGAGUAGUGACGCCAAGGGCAAGGCGAAGGCUGUGACAGUCGAGGAUGCGGAGGAUGCAGAGGAUAAAUAA